AUGUCGUACUUCCACAGAUCUGAGCAAACGGCGAGGCUUUUCCUGGUGAUGUGUGUGUGGGGAAUCCUCCCUCAGCCGGCAGAGCAGUUGCCGGUUCGACAGGGUUUCAAUCUGCUGCUGUAUCCGGUAUCAGUGAUGGGGCCCUAUGGAUCUCAAACGGUUCUGAUCCCAGUGACUGAGCAGAACACACAACACAGCCAAACUCCACAGGCAAACAACAGCAAGAUCAGCGCUCAAAGUGUGUCCAAGCCUUUACAUGCAAAAAGUGGGUUUCUCCAGCCGGACCCUGCCCCUGACUCUGCCCCCAGCCCCACCCCUGUCCCGUCUGAGUCUUUGGUUCAACAGGGGCAGAUGUCGAAUUUCUUCCCCUCAAACGUCCCUCUGCAGGUCUAUUCAUUUGUCCAGCAGGCUGUAAUCUCAGACUCAGGCAGUUCAGAGGAAGGAGCCGCUGCUCAGGUGAUCUAUAUGGUUCCCAUCAGUGUGGAUUCACCCAGCAUGGGUGUGAUGGAGCCCAAUCCUGACCCAGGACACCUGAAGGUCACGACCCCUGCUGUGGCGCAGCCGGACGCUCAGGGACAGCUGGGGAGAACUGCAGGGACAGAGAGAGCCAUGCAGACGCCCACUCCGGGAGAGAAAGGCCUCUGA